GCCCAUUGUCGACCUCGCUCUCAUUAAUGUUGGCCUGUACCCGGUGAACCGCCAGCAUUAGUCUUCCUCUUUUUAGUGUCCGAAUCACUCUUUAACUUAUUCCUGUACAGUCCACUACGUCUACUUGCUCACGGUCUGAAAUCUCACCGCUCUCCUUUCACUCUCUCACACCCGCAAACACAUAGUUUUCUCUCUUUAUUACAGAAUUGAAUCAAUUGAUUAGUGGAAGCAGAGCAAGAAAAAUGGGCACAGUUUCUUUGAAAGUCGGAGAUGGAACAGCAAGAUUCAAGCGGGCGUCAGUGUGUUCAUCAGCAGUUAAUCUGUUGAUGCUGUUUUCUGUAAUCAUCACCAACAUUUUUGCUUUUUAUGCAUUCACAUACCAUCCUACGAAACUUCAUCACAACCAUAAUCCCAAGAGCAUAGCUUUGAUCUCGGAAAAAGUGUCCUUGAUCCUAAGAGAGAUUCAUUCUUCACAGAAAAAGCUUGCCCAGAUGGAGAAAGAGAUCCUGGGUUAUGAAAGCAUCGAUCUUUCAAGACCCAACACUGCAAAUGAGCUGAAAGAGUUCUUGGCGCACCAUGAAUUGCCUUUGGGGAAAGAUUCAAGAACUGGGAUCACUGAAAUGAUGGCAUCUGUGGGACAUUCCUGUGAGAAAUCCAUGGAUUUGUUGUCCCAGUAUAUGAGUUACAAAGUCAACGGGCCUUGCCCUGAUGACUGGAGCCUUGGCCAGAAGCUAAUUCUUCGAGGAUGUGAGCCUUUGCCGAGGAGGAGGUGCUUUGCAAAGAGUGUUCCCAAGGUAGAUUUGCAGCCUUUCCCUGUUUCAAUUUGGAAAAAUGUUAGUGAAAAGAGUUUUAGCUGGAGUGGUCUUGGAUGCAAAAAUCUUUCUUGUUUAAAUAGUAAAAAAUUGAAUAAGGAUUGUACUGGUUGUUUUAAUAUAGUUAAUGGUUAUGAGACUCAGAUAUAUGUAAAGGCUAAAGGGAAAAACGAUUUCUUGAUUGAUGAUGUUUUGGCUAUGGGGAAUGGUGGGACUCGGGUUGGAUUUGAUAUGGGUGGAGGGUCCGGGACUUUUGCUGCUAGGAUGGCUGAGAGGAAUGUGACUAUGGUCACUGCCACUUUGAAUUCUGAUGCUCCUUUUAAUGAAUUCAUUGCUGCAAGAGGGCUUUUCCCUUUGUAUUUGAGCUUAGAUCAUAGGUUCCCAUUUUAUGACAAUGUGUUUGAUUUGGUUCACGUGGCGAAUGGGUUGGAUGUCGAGGGGAGACCAGAAAAAUUGGAGUUCUUCAUGUUUGAUAUCGACCGGAUUUUGAGGGCAGGUGGAUUGUUUUGGGUGGACAAUUUUCAUUUUUACAACGAUGAGAAGAGAAGGGCUCUAACUCGGUUGAUAGAACGUUUUGGGUAUAAAAAACUGAAGUGGGUUGUGGGAGAGAAAAUUAAUAGUUCGGCGAAAUCAGAAGUUUAUUUAUCUGCUGUUCUACAGAAACCAGUAAGGGUAUGAUACAAACGAUUUUCUUCUGGGAAAUUGAGAUACGAAAUAGUAUAGCAGCAGUAGUUCUUGUCACAUACAAGGGAAUUUAUCUUGGUCCAUUAUUUUACACGCUGACCCUUCAUUUGUCAUGACAAUAAGUGAAGGGCAUUGGCUGUUUCUUUUCUAGAUUGGUAUCUGCGAGCAAGAACAGUUGAUUUUUUAUUCCCUGGUGAGGUCUGAUAUCUAUCUCGAUGUAAUAUUUAUCUUACGAAUCUGGAUUGAAAUGAAAGAUUUAUUUGCACAUUAGAAUUUA